AAAAAAUCUUCCCCGCGUAUCGCGUCUUCUCUACGUCAUCACGUAGGUGUAUUUAAGCUCAUGGCGCGAGAUCCACGGGAGAGAGAAUACAGCCAGAUCAACGGUGUUACAGCUGUGUGGUUCAUCAACGGCCCUGAGAGAGAAAAUGAAUUUCGGUGCGAAGCUAAAACACAGCCAGCAGAGGUCAAAUGAGAAUAUAAAGAGCUUCUUCACACCAUCUCAAAAGGCCCAGGGGAUGGGACCCCUCAGACAAUCUCUGCAGGUCCUCCAACCCUGUGCUGUCAACACAGAUUUGGGAAGGUCAGCACAGAUGGUCAUCCCAAAGCGAAAACAGUGGAGUGCAGAACAAACUAGAGGCCCAAAGAGAGUGAAGGUUGAAGUUAAAUCCACACAAACAGAAGAAAGUCAGUGUUCAACAGAUGGCAUGUCCACUGAAGCAUACGAGCUUAUGGUCAAAGAGACGCCUCCUUCAACAUACUGGAAAGAGGUAGCCGAGGAGCGGAGGAAAGCCUUGUACAAUGUUCUACAGGAGAAUGAGAAGUUGCACAAAGACAUUGAGACCAAAGAGGAACAGAUAUCAAAGCUCAAGUGUGAAAAUGAGGAGCUCCAAGAGCUGGCACAACAUGUCCAGUACAUGGCUGACAUGAUUGAGAGGCUGACUGGGAAGAGCCCGGACAAUCUGGAGCAACUGAGGGACAUUGCCCUUGACGUAGACGAUGACGAGGAUGAGCAUGAAGACGACAGUGAAGAGGCAACUCAGAGUGAGGAUGAGGACUCUGAUCAUUCUCACAGCAUUGUGGAAGAGGAAGAGCCCUCAGACCAUGAAGAAGCUGGACCCUCAGAUCAGGACUAACUUGGCACCUUGUGCUUGAUGGGACUUUGAGUUUCAUGAUGGCUAUCAAUUUGGCCAAGCUUCCUUUACGGAGUAACUGUACAUUUUUUUCAGAUAGCCUCUGGUUUUAUUUUUUUUAAAGCCUUAAGAUGGACUUGGGCCAGUUUUCUUUAACUUUUACUGAAAUUUAUGUUGAAAGGUGUUUAAACGAAGACAGUGAGGGAAGAUACUGCAAAUGAUAUAGAAAACUGACCGUGGCUGAAUAGCCUCAGGGCACGGGUGUUAAUGUUUACCUGCUGGGAUGUUGAAAGGCUAGAGCCAUUUUUAAAUUUCAGUUUCUGUGCUUAGUAGUUAUUGAAUACUUGAGUACUGAAAUAUAUUCAUUGUUAGGUUGGCUGUCAAGUGUCUUGGUUUACAGUGUAAACUUGUGCCUUUUGUGACAUCGAUGUACAUAAAACACGUGUAAAAUAAACCCUUUUUCUAUUAAAA